AUGCACGAGAUUGUGACUGUCCAGUUGGGCCAAAGGAGUAAUUAUCUGGCGACUCAUUUCUGGAAUACUCAAGAAUCCUACUUCACUUAUUCCGAGCAAGAAGAAUCCAUCAUCGACCACGAUGUCCAUUUCCGACCAGGCAUCGGGGCAGACGGGUCUGAGACUUUUACUCCCCGGACCAUCAUUUACGAUUUGAAAGGCGGAUUUGGCACACUCCGUAAGUUCAACGCACUGUAUCAUCUCCAAGACGACUCUGCUCCGCCUCGAGGGCUCUGGGAUGGAACAACUACGACACAACAAGAGCGAGUCAUUGAGCCAUCGGAGUAUCAGAGAAAUCUUGACCUUGGCCUCCCCACCGCUCAACUCCAAGCCUCCGAUGUCAGAUAUUGGUCCGACUUCAACCGCGUCUUUUAUCAUCCCAGGUCGAUUAUCCAGUUGAACGAGUACGAAUUAAACUCGCAGCUCAUGCCGUUUGAAAACUGGUAUGCCGGAGAAGAUCUGUUCCAAAUUUUGGACCAGCAAUUCGACCUUCUUGAUCGUGAUAUUCGACCAUUUGUUGAAGAAUGUGAUCAGAUGCAAGGCUUCCAAUUCUUUUCGGGAACUGAUGAUGCCUGGGGAAGCUUCGCGGCCAAAUACCUCGAAAACAUGCGAGACGAAUAUGGCAAAACAAGUAUAUGGGUUUGGGGUAUUGAAGAUUGUUCCACAGUUGUUAGACAAAAGCAACUAGUUCGAGCUUGCAACACUGCACGGUCGCUCCGGUCAAUUGGUCAGCAAUCAUCCGUAUACACACGCCUGGCAGCACCACCUCCUACUUUACCUCGGUACGUCAAUCUCCAAAAUGGCUCGGACUGGAUGACCACCGCACUCCUCUGCGCUGGGCUGGAGUCAAGCACGCUUCCGACAAGGCUCAGGGCUGAGGCGCCCAAACGAGCAUCCUUGAGCUUGCUUGAGGACACCUUGAACACCAACGGCAAUCAAAAUUUAUUCGAGCUCCGUGCAAGUAUGACAAACAUAAUAAGCAAUGCCAAUGGCCAGCUCGAGAGUGGUACAGUUAACCAAGCCAAUGGACGAGAGCUACCAAGGGAGAACGAUGUCUCCAUGUCAGAGCCUGAACCUUCUCAGUUGGACCUAGAUUAUUACCCAAGUUCAACGGAUAAUCUUGGUGCACGGUCAGUCCAUGUAUUUGCUCAGGUUGAAUGUGAGCGUGAUCGGCUGCAGUCUAGUCCUCCAUCAUUGACUCUGACCCCCGAAGAACGGCUUCGAAGAAGGCUCAAUGAAGAGAGUGUGGUUGAGAUAUUUCAAACCGGGCUUCAAUUCCCCCUCCUAGACACGUUUCCGGAUCGACUUUUCUCAAUUAGCCGACGGGACCAAGGGUUGGAUAUCUCAGCCGCUCUUGUGUGUAACUCCAAGAUGAAAGACCGUGUUUUCGAUCUCAGAAAUACGACAUAUCGAACGAUGCAGUUGGACGAACGAGAAAAUUUGUACAACGACCUCACACAAAUGGCCCAAAACUAUGGAUUCGGUUGGGAAAGCGGAUCGGACAUAGGCGAUGACGACGAAUGA